ACUAUGAUUCUACUUUCUUCUUUUGCAGUUCAAUUCUCGUAUAACCGAGAAACCUUAUCACUAUUCAUUCGACUUUGUUCUACACUAUUGCUAUGCACUCAGUGCAAAUCAAGAUAGCUAUACAACUCCAAACUUGACCUUCACCAUGAAAGGUGGAAGCCAAUUUAAUGUCACCGUACCCACGAUUCAGUUUGAGGAGGACGAUGGAUCUGUUUUCUGUUUGGCUCUUAUCAAAAGCGAGGGUAUUAACGUCAUUGGACAAAAUUUUAUGACGGGGUACCGGAUAGUCUUUGAUCGGGAAGAGAUGCUUUUGGGCUGGAAAGAAUCUGACUGCUAUGAUUCCAUCUCGUCCAGCGCUCAACCGCCACCCAAGCGAAACUCUACUCGUUCACGUGCAGCAGAGCAGUCACCACCACCACUAGCGCCGCCGCCAAGUGGUGUUGCCCGAUUGAGUUCCGUGACUAGCGGACUUAUGGCGGUGAUGCUUGCCGUUUUGUUCCACAACUUCAUCGCUCUUUCUUCAUAAGGUUCUUAACGAUUUGUACUUUGCCUUAUUUCACUGAUAUGUUUAAUUUGUUUAUUUCAACUCUCUUACUUGAGAUGAAUUGCAUUAUUUCUCUAUAUACAUGCAAGGUUCCAACUUCAAUAAGUUUUGUAAGACGUAUAGGUAUAAAAUAUUGUUGAAUAUUUGACUAAUCGAAGUCAAAUAUAAUUUAUUUA